AUGAAUGGACUCUACCCCGGAAGUGAACUGUGUAAACAAGAACUAGAACAUGAACUAGAACUAGGACAAGAGCUAGAACUAGGACAAGAACUAGAAAUAGAUUUAGGACUAGAAAAAGAACUAGAACAAGAAAUAGAACAUGAACAUGAACAUGAACUAGAACAAGAACUAGAACAUGAACUAGAACACGAACUAGAACACGAACUAGAACACGAACUAGGACAAGAACUAGAACAAGAACUAGAACACGAACUAGAACCAGAACUAGGACAAGAACUAGAACACGAACUAGAACAAGAACUAGAACACGAACUAGAACAAGAACUAGAACAAGAACUAGAACAAGAACUAGAACCAGAACUAGGACAAGAACUAGAACACGAACUAGAACACGAACUAGAACACGAACUAGAACACGAACUAGGACAAGAACUAGAACAAGAACUAGAACACGAACUAGAACACGAACUAGAACCAGAACUAGGACAAGAACUAGAACACGAACUAGAACCAGAACUAGAACAAGAACUAGAACACGAACUAGAACCAGAACUAGAACAAGAACUAGAACCAGAACUAGAACAAGAACUAGAACACGAACUAGAACCAGAACUAGGACAAGAACUAGAACACGAACUAGAACCAGAACUAGAACAAGAACUAGAACACGAACUAGAACCAGAACUAGGACAAGAACUAGAACACGAACUAGAACCAGAACUAGAACACGAACUAGAACACGAACUAGAACCAGAACUAGGACAAGAACUAGAACACGAACUAGAACACGAACUAGAACCAGAACUAGGACAAGAACUAGAACACGAACUAGAACCAGAACUAGAACACGAACUAGAACACGAACUAGAACCAGAACUAGAACACGAACUAGAACCAGAACUAGAACCAGAACUAGAACCAGAACUAGGACAAGAACUAGAACACGAACUAGAACACGAACUAGAACCAGAACUAGAACAAGAACUAGAACCAGAACUAGGACAAGAACUAGAACACGAACUAGAACACGAACUAGAACCAGAACUAGAACAAAAACAAGAACUAGAACAUGAACUAGAACUAGGACAAGAGCUAGAACUAGGACAAGAACUAGAAAUAGAUUUAGGACUAGAAAAAGAACUAGAACAAGAAAUAGAACAUGAACAUGAACAUGAACUAGAACAAGAACUAGAACAUGAACUAGAACUAGAACAAGAACUAGAACAUGAACUAGAACAAGAAAUAGAACAUGAACAUGAACAUGAACUAGAACAAGAACUAGAACAUGAACUAGAACUAGAACAAGAACUAGAACAUGAACUAGAACUAGAACAAGAACUAGAAAUAGAUCUAGGACUAGAAAAAGAACUAGAACAAGAAAUAGAACAUGAACAUGAACAUGAACUAGAACUAGAACAAUAUCAAGAACUAGAAAUAGAUCUAGGACUAGAACAAGAACAAGAUGAAUGUAAAGAACGAAAAUAA